AUGGACCACCUUAGUCCGCUACGACGCCUGAUUCAGUCUCACCCGCUUAUUGACAGUCAUUCCCACAACCUACUGAACCGCGAAUCAGCCGCCGACUAUGAAAAUUACCCGUUGGAAGCCAUCGCCUCCUCAGCAGACGGUCGGGCCUUAGAAAAUGCACGCACCGCCCUCCCCUCGCUGAGGGCCAUAACCCAGCUCUCCGAGCUGUACGACCUCCCAUGCACAAACUGGAAAGACAUACAAGCUGCCCAUGAUCUCUACGUCAGCGAAGACUACGAAAACUUAAUCCGGAAAUCUCUAUCAGGCACACACGCACUGCUACUCGAUGAUGUUCUCAGCUACGACGAAGACAUCGCAUCAUCUAGCUGGCACGAUAAAUUCACCAUCUCCGGGACAAAACGGAUCGUACAUAUCGAAGCCAUGGCUGAGGCCACAAUCCUGCAGGUAUCGAACUCGCGCAAGAACGGCGAAUCAGUUUGGAACAGUUUCCGACAGCGAUUCCAGGACGCUCUCGGCGAGGCCCUGGACGAUGCCAACAUCGUUGGGUUUAAAUCGGAAAUCUGCUGUCGGACCGGAUUGGACGUGGAUGCGUAUUCCUCUGAUGAUACCACUCUGGGCGGGUCAUUGAUUCGCAUCCUCGAUUCCGGCACAACAAGGUCUGGCUUCGCAGUCGAUGAUAAACAUAUAUGUGACUGGAUAGUCCAGCAGACGCUAAAAGCGAUCUGCUUUAAAAAGAGAGCCGGUGUUGUGAAACCCUUGCUGUUCCAUACCGGCUUGGGAGAUAAUCGGAUUAAUCUUUUGCGAGCUAACCCUGCAUGUCUGCAGCCUUUGAUCGCGCAGUACGCUGACGCGGACAUCGUGUUGUUACAUGCUGGAUAUCCUUACACACGCGAGGCGGGUUAUCUGGCAUCAGCUUAUCCCAAUGUCUAUCUUGACCUUGGGAAGGUCUUUCCCUUGGUUAGCCGAGAGGCGCAGGUGAAAGUCCUGAGAGAGAGUCUGGAACUUGCGCCCACCAACCGUCUGCUCUGGGGUACCAGUGGCCGGUUUCACCCGGAGACGUUCUGGUUGGCUAAUCGACAGUUCCGCCAGGCUCUUGAGACGGUUCUCGUGGAGUAUGUUGAAUCUGGCGACUUCACUGCGUCCCAUGCCAUGAAGAUAGCAGCAGAUGAUGUAGAGCCCGAAGUUGAUGCUUCUACUCUCACGCUCUCCUAA